AUGGACGUACACCUCCUCGUUUACGAUCUUUCUCAGGGUCUCGCCCGGCAAAUGUCCCAGGGCCUGUUGGGAUUCCAGCUCGACGCCAUCUACCACACAUCGAUCCAACUCAACGGGCGCGAGUACGUGUACGACGGGAAUGUGGUGGCUAUCCAGCCGGGGUCGUCGCAUCUUGGGCAGCCGUUGGAGAAGUUGCAUUUGGGGAGGACGGAGUUGCCUAUGGAUGUGAUUGAGGAGUAUUUGGACUCGUUGCGUGAGAUUUACACCGUCGAGGCAUACGAUCUGUGGAAACACAAUUGCAACAACUUUUCCAAUGACUUUGCCACCUUUCUCCUCGGAAAGGGCAUCCCCAGUCAUAUCACUAACAUGCCUCAGGCCGUACUAGACUCACCUUUCGGGCGGAUGAUAAUGCCCGCGUUGGCACAGCAAAUCAACGUCAACAAAAGCCGCGGCGGAAUCCUCGGGAUCGAGCAGCAGACGCCGGGCAGCUCGGUCAAGCCUACGUCGCAGCUACAUCAUCCACUGGGAAAGGUCCAAGUCGUUGACAGCCUAACACAACUCGAUGCACUAUUGUCAAGAUAUGAUCGAUCCUGUGCCGUCGUCUUCUUUACCUCGGCCACCUGCCCUCCUUGCAAGACGCUUUACCCCCUUUACGACGAACUCGCUGCCGAGGUUGGGGGCAAAGGGGUGUUGAUCAAGGUCGACAGUUCACGCGCGUUUGGAGUGGGAAACAAAUACUCGAUCUCAGCUACACCCACGUUCAUUACCUUUCUGAAGGGCCAGCAGGAGAACCGAUGGAGCGGUGCCGACCCAGGCGCUCUGCGAGGCAACAUUCAGCUCCUGGUCCAAAUGGCAUGGCCGCCACACCCGCACCAGAGUCUCAACCUCCCCAGUUUUUCCAACCCCAACGCGGAGUUCGUGACCUUUACCAAGAUCCCACCACUCCCCAAAUUGCUCGCCAAGAUGGGCCCGCUCGCGGAUCACCCCAUAGUACAGAGCGUCAAGACCUUCCUCGAGACCCGGGCCUCCUCCGGGCCAGCCGAGGCAACACUGCCCGAUCUUGCGGCGUUUGCCGCGUUCGUCCGGUCUACUCUAACCGCCCUCCCGACCGACGUUCUUUUCACCAUUGUCGACCUCCUCCGCUGUGCGCUUAUUGACCCCCGUGUUAGCGGGUUCCUAGCAGAGGAGCAACACCAAACCACAAUCACCGCCAUCCUCAUGCACGUUACCACCACCUUGCCACCGACGACCUGCCCCUACGCUCUGCGGCUAGUUACCCUGCAGAUGGCGUGCAACCUGUUUACCUCCCCGUUAUAUCCGCCACAGCUGCUUUCCUCUUCGUCCCCCGAGAGCGCUGCUAGCGUCCGCUCCCGCCUCACCCAGUUGAUAUCCUCCAGUUUCCUCGACGUCACCCACACCAACACGCGCGUAGCAGCCGCCAGUCUGCUGUACAACCUCGCGCUAGCCAACAACCGAGUCCGUCUAGGCCUCACCACACCAGAUCCCGCUCUAACAGGAGGAGACGGCUUACCGGAGGAAGACCAAGUUGAACUCGCGGCAUCGGUGCUGGAGGCGAUUGCGCAGGAGGAGCAGUCGGUUGAGGCGUUGGAAGGGAUGUUGCGGGCGCUGGGGUGGCUGGUGUAUUGUGCGCCGGUGGAAGGGGAGUUGGUGGAUUUAUUGAGGGUGUUGGAUGCUGGGGGGACGGUGUUGGGGAAGGGGGGAGAGAAGGGAGUGGGUAGGGGGAUGGGGUUGGUGAAAGAGGUCGGGGAGGUGCUCAACCUCGAACAGCGCUUCCGAGACGUCGUCACCGACAUCAACGAGACACUAAUCGGUAUCGCACCGCAUCCGCGCCUCAUGCCGAAUUCUGCUGGACACCAGUACAGCCCUGCUGCUGGGCAUUUAGCGGUACGGUCGUAUGCGAGUACGCCGUCGUUGAGGUCGAGGGAUGGGACGGUACCGCCGCAUGCGAGGGCGGAUCCGGGAGGGAAUGUGAGGGUUGUCGUAAGGGUGAGGGCGUUUUUGCCGAGGGAGAUUCAACGACACGCAGAAUGCCUCAUCCGCAUGGACCCCGUCUCGCAGCAGACCACACUACUCGUCCCCAACAGCCACGACCCGGCCAACGCCAAGGCGCGCGCGCGCAAGGCAACGGAGGAAAAGAACUUCACCUUCGACAACAGCUUCUGGAGCCACGACCUGACAGACGAGCACUACGCCGAGCAGGAGGACGUCUACGACAGUUUGGGCGAAGAGUUCCUCGACCACAACUUCGAGGGCUACCACACAUGCAUCUUCGCCUACGGCCAGACCGGUUCCGGCAAAUCAUACACCAUGAUGGGCACCCCGGACCAACCGGGCCUGAUCCCACGCACCUGCGAGGACCUAUUCGAGCGCAUCGCAGCCGCCCAGGACGAAACCCCCAACACCAGCUACAACGUGCGGGUGUCGUACUUUGAAGUCUACAACGAACACGUCCGCGACUUGCUCGUCCCUGUCAUCCCCAACCAACCACCCUACUACCUCAAAAUCCGCGAAUCCCCCACCGAAGGACCCUACGUCAAAGACCUCACCGAAGUCCCCGUGCGCAGCCUGCACGAGAUCCUGCGGUACAUGCGCGUCGGCGACAACAACCGCACGACGGCCAGCACCAAGAUGAACGACACCUCCUCCCGCAGCCACGCCGUGUUCACCAUCAUGCUGAAGCAGAUCCACCACGACCUCGAGACCGACGAGACCACCGAGCGGUCCAGCCGUAUCCGCUUGGUCGAUCUCGCUGGGUCCGAACGCGCCAAGUCGACCGAGGCUACGGGUCAGCGUCUGCGUGAGGGUAGUAAUAUCAAUAAGUCGCUGACUACGCUGGGGAGGGUGAUUGCGGCGUUGGCGGAUCCUAAGCAGCAGCGUCCGCGGGGUGGUGCUGGCAAUACUAAUGGAUCCGGAUCCGGAUCCAAAAAGGAUGCUGCAGCAGCAGUCGUCCCCUACCGCGACAGCAUCCUCACCUGGCUGCUCAAAGACUCCCUCGGCGGCAACUCCAAAACGGCCAUGAUCGCCUGCAUCGCCCCGGCCGACUACGAAGAAACCCUCUCCACGCUCCGCUACGCCGACCAAGCCAAACGCAUCCGCACCCGCGCCGUCGUCAACCAAAUCGACUCUGUCACCGCCGCCGAGCGCGACGCGCAAAUCGCCUCCAUGGAAGCCGAGAUCCGCGCUUUGCAGCUGGUGGUCGGUGAUUCCCGCCGGCGGGAACGGGACGAUGCGCGCGAGGCGGAGGAGAGGCUGGAGGAGUACCAGGCGAGAGUGCGCGGGUUGCAGCAGGCGAUGGAGCAGAGGUCGUUGGUGGCGGAGGGGAAGAUUAGGUCGUUGCAGACGGAGAAUGAGGCGUUGAGGUUGCAUUUGAAGUUGGCGUUGGAGAGUCUGAGGAAUCCCAUUCCUGAGGUGGCUGUGCCGGGGCCUUUUACCGAUGACGGCCUGGAUCCCGACACCCUUGAAGAGGGUGAUCAUGACGGCGAAAAGAAGAGGAGGACCACGAACGGCGUGUCAGAUGACGACGGCUACGCCUCAGCCACUGGGCCUGACCAUGACAACGAAAUAGAAAGUAUCCCCGACUCCGAACCCGCCGGCUACGAAAAACACGCCGAUGACAUGCACGAGCACAUGAGUGGGCUGCUGCGGGAUCUGGGGCUGUUCAGGCGCAAAAUUGGGGAUGAUAAGACACGGUUUGUUGUUGCUGGGGAGGACGGGGAGGAAGACGAGAAUGGUGUUACUGGGGGUGGGUUUGGGUUUGGACGGUUUGGACGGGGUAGUGGGGGUGGUUUAGGGGGGGAGGAAGGCGAGGGGCUGGUGUUGCCGGCGUUGGGGGGGUUGGAGUUUAGUCCGAGACGGUGGGAGAGGAGUGGGAAUAUUAUUUAG